AUGGAUCCAAACAAUAUGGCCGACUUGGACAUUUACGACGUUGUCAUUGACGAACUUAUCAAUGACACGACUAUAGAAGAUAUGAUGCAGGAGGAGAUGGAGUUUUAUCAACGACGUGCCAACACCGUUAGGCCCAAGCGAACAAGAAAGGUGAUAGAGAGAGAUCGUGAAGCUGGGAACGAGCGGUUGUGGAAUGACUACUUCUCCGAAAAUCCUGUGUACACGGAAGAGCUUUUCCGACGAAGGUUUCGAAUGCGAAAGCAUGUGUUCCUCAGAAUUGUAGGGGCCCUUGGGUCUCAUGACCCAUACUUUUUAAUGUCUGUCGAUGCAGUUGGAAGACAAGUAUUUGGUGGAACAUACUUGAGGCGCCCGAACCAGGAAGACAUUACCCGCUUACUUCAAUGGGGCGAGUCUCGUGGAUUUCCAGGUUCUAACAAUGACAUUAAUGUGCUAAAUCAAUCUCCGGUUUUUAAUGAGGUUUUGAGUGGAAAUGCUCCCAUGGUGAACUUUAGCGUGAAUGGAACAAUGACUAGUACUAAAGUUAGACCAGUUAAACCUCCUGUUAAGCAUGUGUAUAUUGGGUCCCAGGCUGGCACACAGUUGCUUUUCCCCUAUGAUAUUCUAUUUUAA